AUGAAUGUACCAAAGGAAAAUGUUAAAGCUAAGAUGAAAAAAAGAUACAACGAUUUAACUACUUAUGAUAAGCAAAUGUAUAUUGAUAAAACAAAUAAAUGUCGCAAGGGCCAAAAUAUGGGUGAUGCAUGUCUUGAUACCGAUAAAGUUUCUUGUGGAUCGGAAGAUUGUCAUCAUGCAUUUUAUUUUUCCACGACUAAUAUUGUUAGAAAUAAACCGAACGAGAGACCGAAAAUAGAAUGGGCAUAUUUCCAAACUCCUCUUUAUCUGAAUGUACGGUUAACAAACUCAUUAGUAUUUUGGAUGUUAACCCAUAUGCAAAAGCUUUUAGAAAACUGA